UGUGCUAGUAUAAUCAGCUACAAUGCAGAAUCAGCUCCUUCAACUACUUCACUCCGCCCACAAGAUACAAUCCUCCUAUUCUUGUAUGUUUUCUCAUUCACUCCAGCAGGACGUCUAUGAGCAGGACGCACAUUCACUCUGGUUGGCCUUUUUUUUUUUUUUUUUUAAACCUCCUGCUACUACUCUACUUUUUUACUUAGAAUUUGGAAAAAGCUCUUCCCUCUUUUUUUCUCUCUCUCUCUCUCUCUCUCUCUCUCUCUCUCUCUUUGAUGCUUCUCAAAGGAUCAGGCAGCCCGACAGAGAAACUUGUGACAGAUUUAGAAAGAAGAAAAAAAAAAAAGACAGACAGAGCUUUGCCCCGGAGGUUCACGAGGAAGAAACAGGAGACAGAUAAAGAGGCAGGGAUAAUCUGAGCGAGGGAGGGGAAGAGCACAGCUGGUGUGUGAAGGGAAAAUACAGAUAAAGCAGGCAAGUGUGAAGGGCGAAGGGGAAGAGACUGACGAAGACAACCAAGGCUGGAGAGAAAAAAAGGGAGAGACAAAGGUCAACAAAGACAUACAGAGAUAAAAGGCAAACAGACACCUGACAUCAAAUCAAACGGCAGCGAGAAUGGAGACGCAGUGCACCGCUGAAGUGAAAGAAAAAAGGAGCCGAGUUUGACGCCGAGAAGGGGAGACGGUUUCCUCAUCAUGUUUUAUUCAGCUGGUCUCCCAACUUCAAACAACCUGCGCCGGAAGAGCAACUUUGUCCCAGGAUAGAAUGAAGAGAGGAGCAAAGAGAUACCUGCCGAGUCUGUGAUACCCUCCCGCUCCUCCUUCUACUCCUCUCCUCCCUCACUUUCUUUCACCUCACUAACUUCCUCCUCCUCUGCCCUGAUAUCUCCUCUCCUCUCCAUCUCCUCACUAUGUGGAUACCAGCUUUGCUCCUAUGGAUGCUUAAUGUCAGCAGUUUGUGCUCAGGACAAGACUAUUCGGACUACUACCCAACUGGAGACAUGGCCACCGAGGCUCCAGUACUGUCAGAUGACCAGCCCAGUUUGGAGUCAGUGACGAGUGUGGAUCAGCUAUUACAGCUUCUCUACCCCGAAUACAGUUUGCUUCAGCAGUGCCUGAGGAAGAAAUCCUGGAGCGCCUCCUCUUCUUCCCCGUCUUUUUCCUCAGCGAGCCCUUUAGUCCACUCUAACGCCGAGGAUCUGUGGGGUCAGCCGAGGGAGGAGGCUCUUUUCAAAGUGGACGGGACUCUGGGAGUCAUCUUAGAGGAGAUCCAGCGGACCUCAUGCCAGCCCAGAGAGGUGUGUGUCGAGGUGGCCAAAGAGUACCCAGAAUCCACCAGUCAGUUCUACCUCCCUCGCUGCGCGGCGCUGCAUCGGUGCGGCGGGUGCUGCACCAACGAGGCCUUUUACUGCACCAACACAAGUCACGCGCUCGUCAACAAGACGUUGAUGGAACUUUCCCCGCCCAGGAUGGAUCGCUCCGUCAUCAUGGUAACCUUCGUCAACCACACUUCGUGCGAAUGCCUCUCCAAGCGGCCGCUCCACACCAUCAUAAGACGAGCCGCGACAGAUCACCUGUGCUCCCCGCCCGACCUUCCCUGUGCCUCUGGGUCAUUGUGGGAUCCAGUGAACUGUGUGUGUGUCUCCACAGACGCCAUAAACUACUCUGAGAGAGAGACAGAUGCGCUGGACUCAGGUCUGCUGGCUCUCUGUGGGCCCAACAGGGUUCUGCACGAGUCCACGUGCGAGUGCGUUUGUCGAAAUGGACUCACCGAGGACAGCUGCGAUCCAGGAUGGAAACUGGACCACAACACCUGUGAAUGCCAGUGCGUAGGUCAAGGCGAGGGGAAGUGGUGCCCGACCGGCCAGCGGUGGGACGACGAGCUGUGUGGCUGCGUGUGUGCCGCAGAGUGUCCCGGGAAUCAGCCCCUGAACCCCGACACCUGCCUGUGUCAGUGCAGAGAGAGUCCGCAGUCGUGUCUGCGGCAGGGCAAGAGGUUCAAACCCAACUCCUGCAGUUGUUACAGGUUGCCGUGCAGAAAGCCCAGACGUGUGUGCCAUGGUGAUUUUUACUACAGCCACCAGGUCUGCCAGUGCAUCCCCAACCACAUGAGGCCUAAGUGGAAUUGACCAAUCACAGGCAGGCAGAGGAGCAAAGGCUGCAGGCGAAGCCACACAUCGCUCCUCGACGUGAAGCUCAAAACCUUUUGGCCUUCAAAGAAAGUGGAAAUUAAGGAGGAAGUGCCUCCUGAGAGGAAGGUGGAACUACACAUGUGCUGGACCACAGCAGCACUUAGAGGAGUUUUAUGAACGCUGUCUGUGCUCUGACACUCAAAAAGGAAGACAGGAGUGCUUCCCAGUGAAACAAGGACAAAACAGUAUGCAGUUAAACUCACACAAAGUGGAGUAAUCUCAGCCAAAGACAAAACGAGGAGAUAUGUUUAACUCUUAUAACACCAAUCACACUUACCUAAAAGCAGGACAGCAGGGAUGGACCAAUCAGACGCGGAGCCAGCACUCAUCCCCGCUGCAACGUGUUGGAGCAAGAUAUUCAACCACCGGCAUGCAGCAGAGACACCGCUCACGACUGUGUGAAAUGGAAAGUGGAAUAAAAUAAUAACAGACCAGA